AUGGAUAUUAAUAUCGACCCGUCAAUAGAUGAAGCUCAAAAUACUUUGUUUUCAUCUUUGGACAGAGAUAAACUUGUCAGUGCAGAUGGGUUCAACUCAUCCUCAUCUACAUCUGCAGAUGUUGCGGCUGCAGUAAUGGAAGUUGACCGUUUUGCACAUCACCACUUUGCAAAUGCAGCAACCCCCUCGGAAUCAGUCCUGAGCGUUCGGUCUGAAGUUGAACCACAACAUGAAGCUGCAUCGUUUAUCCGAUUUUCUCCUUUUUCUACCUCGCCAAUUGGUUGUCAAACAGCCACACCCGAGAAAGCUUUGGUCAUUGAUGCUGUUCAAGCAGCACGCUCCCAACUUGGUGGUGAAUUUCUGGAGCCAUCCGACUUUAAGUUGAUGGGCACAGGUAGAAGCUUUGUUGCUAUUGAACCGCUUAGCAUCAAACAAGGCAAGUCAAAAAGAAUAGGGAAACCCAAAAGCGGAUUUAGCGAUCGUUCUUUGAGGCAGUCUGCUGAAAGGAACUCUCUUCACUCACAAGUAUCAAAGUUUGGGUUUAACAAAAACAUCAGCACCACACCUUUCAAAAUACGAAAGAAGAAACAUCAGAAGCCUUAUUCGGAGACCGUGUUUCAAAGUGUGCAGGAGGUCGAUGAUGGAAAGACCUAUUUGUCAGAAGAAAAUAAACAAGAUGGGGAUAACGUGGUAAAAGGCUCUAAUGAUAAAAUGAAUAUCGUCAUGGAAGAUUUUGACUCGCUACAAGCAAAGGGUCGGAGUAGCGCAAAGAGUGGAAUUUUACGAAAAAGAAAACAUUGA